AUGACUGGCAUCAACGCCAUCGUGAGCUUCAGCGGCACACUUUUCAAUGCCCUGGGCCUCCAUGGCAUCGCCUUUUCGAUUCUCCCUUUCGUGGCCUUCACUGCGGGAAACGCCCUCGGGAGUUUCCUUCUAGUCGACCGUGCCGGCCGUCGGCCCCUCUUGCUCUGGGGCAUGGUCUCCAUGUGCGUGACGAUGCUUGUGGGCGGUGUCGUCGCAGUGGUGGCCCAGGAUGAAACCGGCCACAUCGGGGAAGCCGCAGGCUACACCAUCGUGUCCAUGAUCGUGAUGUACAUGUUCUCCUUUGGCAUCUCCUGGGGCUUCGGAGCUUGGCUCUACAUCUCCGAGAUCAUGCCAUUGCGCGUGCGGGGGAAGGCUGUGGGACUCUGCACAGCCAUGAACUGGGGGCCGGCGAAUGUUUUAAGCGCCUUCGUGACACCGCAGAUGAUCUCCUCCCCACUCGGCCCGGGUGGGACGCUGAUCUUCUUCG